GUCCACGAGGGGCUGCAGGAGCUGAGCGUCAUAGCCUUUCAGCCCAGGCUGACCCGGUCGGCUGGUCGGCAGCCUCGGGUCCCGGCGUCGGGUGCCCGGGGCCAGCUCAGCGCGGUCCGGGCUCUCACCGCCCCUCCGGGGCAACCCCGGGGCCCAUGCGCCCCGCACAGCCCGCGGGGAGGCGCCUCUGGGGCGCCGCCCGGUCGGGAUGCCAGUGCCCGGCGCCCGGCCGCCUUCUCCCGCAGCCUGCGCGCGGCCCUUGGCACCGAGCGGGCCGGGCGCUCACUAAUGUUUAACUCGGACCGAAACUUGGGAGCGCCCAGUGCCUGCGCGGCCCGCGGCAGCCGAGCAGGACCCGCGGCUCGCCGGCCUCCUGCCUGCGCCCCUGCUGCCCAGGCUCAGUUCCGCGGAGACGGCCGACCAUGAAGACUCUGUGGAAGGUGCUCGUGGGACUGCUGGGGGCUGCUGCGCUCGUCACCGUCAUCACCGUGCCCGUGGUUCUGCUGACCAGAGGCACAGAUGAUACUACAGCUGACAGUCGCAGAACUUACACUCUAACAGAUUAUUUAAAAAAUACUUUCAGAGUGAAGUUCUACUCCUUGAGAUGGGUUUCAGAUCAUGAAUAUCUCUACAAACAAGAAAACAAUAUCUUGCUAUUCAAUGCUGAAUAUGGAAACAGCUCCAUUUUCUUGGAGAACAGUACAUUUGAUGAAUUUGGACAUUCUAUAAAUGAUUAUUCAGUAUCUCCUGAUGGACAGUUUAUUCUCUUUGAGUACAACUAUGUGAAGAAAUGGAGGCAUUCCUACACAGCUUCAUAUGACAUUUAUGACUUACAUAAAAGGCAGCUGAUUACAGAAGAAAGAAUUCCAAACAAUACGCAGUGGAUCACAUGGUCACCAGUGGGUCAUAAAUUGGCAUACGUUUGGCAUAAUGACAUUUAUAUUAAAAAGGAACCAAAUUUACAAAGUCAGAGGAUCACAUGGACUGGGAAAGAAGAUGUAAUAUAUAAUGGAAUAACUGACUGGGUUUAUGAAGAGGAAGUCUUCAGUGCCUACUCCGCUCUGUGGUGGUCUCCAAACGGCACUUUUUUAGCAUAUGCCCAAUUUAACGACACAGAAGUCCCGCUUAUCGAAUACUCCUUCUACUCUGAUGAGUCACUGCAGUACCCAAAGACUAUGCAAGUUCCAUAUCCGAAGGCAGGAGCUGCGAAUCCAACUGUAAAGUUAUUUGUUGUAAAUACUGACUCUCUCAACUCAACGGCCAAUGCAACUUCUGUACAAGUCGUUCCUCCAGCUUCUGUGUUAAUAGGGGAUCACUACUUGUGUGAUGUGACGUGGGUAAACGAAGAAAGGAUUUCUUUGCAGUGGCUCCGGAGGAUUCAGAACUACUCAGUCCUGGCGAUCUGUGACUACGAUAAGCCCACUGGCAGAUGGGCUUCCCACGUGAGACAGCAACACAUCGAAAGCAGUACCACUGGCUGGGUUGGAAGAUUUAAGCCUUCGGAACCUCAUUUUACCUCUGAUGGCAAUAGCUUCUACAAGAUCAUCAGCAAUAAAGAGGGCUACAAACACAUUUGCCAUUUUCAAGUAGACAGGGAAAAUUGCACAUUUAUUACAAAAGGAGUCUGGGAAGUCAUCGGGAUAGAAGCUCUUACCAGUGACGACCUAUACUACAUUAGUAAUGAAUAUAAAGGAAUGCCAGGAGGAAGAAAUCUUUAUAAAAUCCAACUUAAUGACCACACAAAAGUGACGUGCCUUAGUUGUGAGCUGAAUACAGAAAGGUGUCAGUACUAUUCUGUAUCAUUUAGUAAAGAGGCGAAGUACUAUCAGCUGAGAUGUUCAGGCCCUGGUCUGCCCCUCUACACUCUGCAUAGCAGCAGCAAUGAUAAAGAACUCAGAGUCCUGGAAGACAAUUCAGCUUUGGAUAAAAUGCUGCAGGAUGUCCAGAUGCCCUCAAAAAAACUGGACUUCAUUAUUUGGAAUGGCAUAAAACUUUGGUAUCAGAUGAUCUUGCCUCCCCAUUUUGAUAAACUCAAGAAAUAUCCUCUACUAAUAGAUGUAUAUGCAGGCCCCUGUAGUCAAAAAGCAGACACUGUCUUCAGACUCAACUGGGCUACUUACCUUGCAAGCACAGAAAAAAUUAUAGUAGCUAGCUUCGAUGGCAGAGGAAGUGGUUACCAAGGAGAUAAGAUCUUGCAUGCAAUCAACAGAAGACUGGGAACACUUGAAGUUGAAGAUCAAAUUGAAGCAGCCAGACAAUUUACAAACAUGGGAUUUGUGGAUGAGAAACGGAUUGCCAUUUGGGGCUGGUCAUAUGGUGGAUACGUAACCUCAAUGGUCCUGGGAGCAGGAAGUGGCGUGUUCAAGUGCGGAAUAGCCGUGGCACCUGUGUCACGGUGGGAGUACUAUGAUUCAGUGUACACAGAACGCUACAUGGGUCUCCCAACUCCUGAAGACAACCUUGAGCAUUACAGGAAUUCAACAGUCAUGAGCAGAGCUGAAAAUUUUAAACAAGUUGAGUACCUCCUUAUUCAUGGAACAGCAGAUGAUAAUGUCCACUUUCAGCAGUCAGCUCAGAUCUCCAAAGCCCUAGUGGACGCUGGAGUGGAUUUCCAGGCGAUGUGGUACACAGAUGAAGACCAUGGAAUUGCUAGCAGUACAGCUCACCAACAUAUAUACACCCACAUGAGCCACUUCAUAAAACAAUGCUUCUCUUUACCUUAGCACCUUCAAAUACCAUGCCAUUUAAAGCUUAUUAAAAGCCAUUUUUGCUCUCAUGUUCUCAAAACUGCACUGUUAAAAUGAUGAUCUUAAGAAAAAUACACUCAAAUCAAGAAAUGCAAGGUUACCUUUGUUCCCAAAUUUCUUAUCUAUAACCCUAAGUAGGGACUUCUAUGGUCACAAGAGAUUAUUACCUUACAGAAGUUCGAAUUAUUCAGUCUGGUUUUGUUUAUUAUUUAAAGUCACUUCCACAUCAGUUGCUGGCACAACAAAGAAGAACUGGUUUUGUGGCAGCUUGGCAUAGGUUCCCUGGGCAGCAUUUUAUUUUUCUAAAUGGACUAGUCCAAACCUUGUUCUCUUCUUUAAAGGGAUGGCAAGAUGUGGGCAUUGAUGUCACGGAAGCAGUGAAAAGACGGGGUAGGGACAGAAGCUGGCAGAGCAGGGCUGAGAACCUAAGACCGAGCACGCUGACCCGACCAGGCUACGGUCAGCUCCUCACAGAGAGCCAGCUGUUCACAGCCCGAGUGACACGGUUUUCUGAGAAAGACUCCUCAGACAGUCUCAGGAAAUCAUAUAUGCAAAGUACUGACUUCUGAGUAAAACCACAGCAGUUGAAUAGGCUCCAAAGAAAUGGGAGGGAAACUGCUAACAAUGCAGGGGCCCCGGGUGUCAGUGAGGAGCUGUAGGAGCACAGCAAGGCGGGUGGGGGAGGGCAUGGUCAGUGGGCUUUGAAAAAUACUGCUCUUCCCUAGUGAAAGAGGUAGCUGGGACCUGAGAGGUGAGCGCGUCAGCCUGACCUGUUAAAAGAUGAAAAUAUUUGUGUUGCAGAUCCUAACUUGAAGGAGUCCUUGCAUCAAUUUUUCUUAUUUCAUUUCCUUGAGCCUCUUAAUGAAAAGAAUAGUUUAACUUCCCUGGCCUUGUUUUUAAAAAUGGAAAAUAAACUGCAAAUUUAUGUAUUAUUAUUCCCAUUCUACAUGCUGUGGAAUUUCUCCUGGUCAUUUAAUAAACGUGCCUCAGUUUUUUCAGAG